GCUUUCGAUUCGUCCGGCCUCUAGCGUUUCACAAAGGUCAUGGUCGUUUUUAUUAUGAUUCCCACACCCUAAAUGUUGAAAGCAAAUGAACUGAUGUAAAACAAUGAGGACAAAUAAUAAGAAAGGCUACAGUGCGAUGGAUACCGAUAAGGCGGCGAUGACAGAGGCAGUACAAGAACAUGAGUACACAGCGAGCAGUCCUGGCAGUUUUGUGGACGAGUCGGUAGAACGAGAGGCAGUUGAGACCCUACUGUCCAUCUCCUCCUCUAGUCCAGCAGGUAGUGGGUCUGGAAUGGAGUUUGUCAUGGAUUCUUCGUCCAAUGAGUCAUGGGGCCACCAGUCCCUCUCACCUGGGUCAAGGUCACCAACGACACAUUCACCACCACACAGGGGACAGUCUAAACUGGCACAGCUGUUGUUGGAAGCUCCUGUCCACAGUCUGCCAGUUACUACUCAGUGGAUGAAUAUGGAUACAAGCAAUCUGCCCCAGACUCGUUCCUACCCAGUCUCCGUCAUUGUGCCAAACACAGCAAAUCAACUGGCCAGUUCUAAAAGUGAAAACUUUGUGGCAAAUAAUAUUCCCAUUGGUGUGUUUAACUCCAGAGUUUCAACUGGUGUGUCUGAAGUGCUCACACCUUCAUGUGUGGUGUCCACACAGUCAGCGACCAGGUUAGACAGUCGGGUUUCAAGUUCAUCCCCAUGGAAACCACAUAUGCCUAGUUCUGUCUCAGUGCUCAGGACACAGUUAUCUCAGCCUUAUGAUAAUUCACAGCAUAUUCUGGGACUGCAACCUUUGUCUGGAGUUUCAUCAAGUGUGCAGUAUGUGUCCUCAUCUGUUAUGUCAAACUCUAAACCUUCAGCACACACAGUGACAUCAGUAACUCCUGUAUUUGUUCACGGGAGAACGAUAGAGGGAAUCCAGGUCCCUUCAGCACACACCGUGACCUCAGUAACUCCUGUAUUUGCCCACGGGAGAACGCUUGAGGGAAUCCAGGCCCCUUCAGCACACACCAUGACCUCAGUAAGCUCUGUAUUUGCCAUACCUUUACCAGUGGUACAAGUGGUUGUGAUGAACAAUGUUACUAACAAGAAUGCAUCAAUGAUGGAUAUAGACAAUGGACUGUGUAAGAUUGCCCCUAGUCGAGUGGGAGCAAGCCCUAUGAGCAUUCCGGUGACAUUACAAGGGGAUGGUCGUAACAGGCCCCACAAGUGUACCUUCAGAGACUGCGACAAGAGCUAUAUAAAGAGCUCUCAUUUAAAGGCCCACAUGCGAUUACACACAGGUGAACGGCCUUUUGUGUGUACAUGGGAAGGCUGUGCGCGUAAGUUUGCCAGGUCCGACGAGCUGUCUCGCCACCGGAGAGCCCACACAGGGGAGAAAAAGUUUGUGUGCCCGCUGUGCUCUCGAGGCUUUGUCCGUAGUGAUCACCUCGCAAAACAUGUUGGCAGGCACUGUAACAAGGACAAACCAAGACCACAGAGUAAACCCACUGUUGUCCCGGUAGCACAGAAGAACAUCCUUGAGGAGAUGGUGAACCCACUCGAGAGGGAUGAGGAUUACGUACUACCCAGCAUUCACACCGACACUGUGGAUGACAGCUUGUCAAAUACCUUCAGAACCGUGUCUUCUGCCCCCAAGUUUGCAGGAGUGGACAAUGACGAUGAUUCUGUUAUGUCUUGGUCUGCUGAGGCCUUGUGUAUGGACGUGCCGCAGGCUGUUGCAGACUAAAAGUGUGCCAUUAUCUUAGUUUGUGUUUUUAAGUGUUGACUUGUUACAAUCGUUGUUGUUUAGGUAUAAUUUAUAUAAAUGUUGAUUUGAUCAAAUACAAAUGGUGCAUAAUAAUUAAAUGUAUGUAAUACAUAGUAGGAAUUUAGGAUGUAUAUUGAAAAUGUUACAUCAUAAAUACUUGUGCAAUGCAUAUUAUUUAAUAGGUAUUUAAAUUAUGUAAAGAUGCUUAUUAGGGCUCCACAAAUUAAUUUGCGGGUUCCCUAGUUAAUCACCCCGUCCAUCUGUCUGUUUUCAAUGUUUAUGUUUUUUCUUAUUGAUUUUAGAACUGUUCAAGAUAUCAAAAUCAAUCUUUAUAAGUAUGCUCACAGUAUCAAUACACAGUACUAUAAAAGUUAUGUAAGUCAAACUUGAAUAAAGUAGAUCUAUAGCCUUUUGUAUACUUAAAAAAUCAAGCAUGUUUCUGUUUUUUACUUAUUGACUUUAAAGUCAUUCUAAUUCCUAGAUAUCCACUUUAAACUUAGAUGUUUGCUCACAGUAACAACACACAACACGCUAUGUUUGACAAUUUAUGUAACUCAAACUUAAGUUUUGAUAGGUUUAUGGGCUCAAUUUAUUUGUUGCAGAACUUAAGUAUCAAUAUAACUGUGGCAACGUGAAAGGAUGUGUUGUACAAGAACUUGUUACUGUAUCCUGUAGAUCCAAAUCGUCUUAUAACAUGCCUUGAAAUCCCCCCCCCCCCUCCCCCCCCCGCCCCUCCCAAACCCACCUCUUGUCAAAUAGGCUCUUGUUCUGGGCCCUUAUCACAUGCUGUAAUGGCGCUCGUUUUAAUAUAAAGGGUGUUUUUUGUGUCUUUUAUUCCCCAAAAAUGAUUACAUGAGAUGACUUACUGAGCAGAAAGUCAUGACUAUAUGAUCAAACAUGACAGUGUCCCUAUCAUAGACAAUUAUUUGACUCCUGAAGUAUCUUAACUAAAGUGGAUAUUAAAUAGAUGGUUACUUCUUUCAUACAUGAUACAUUAUACAUGUAGCUUAAGUUCACCUUGUUUUGUUUAAUAUUUGAAGAUUGCUAGAAUUAUUUUUAAUAAUUGUUUCACAAAAGAAAUUCUUGGCUGUAGCUGAAAUUUUCAAUCCUCACACUGACUAUAUCCUUUAGUAUCCUUUGUUGAAAGCUAUAAUUUGAAAUAAUCAGGUUUGUCACUAAUGCCAAAUAAUGUGUACCUUCUGUUCCUUGAUGCAAAUGCCGUCUCAUGAAGGUAUCGUAGACUUCCAUUCAAAGAAAUACUCAGAUCACUAUCAUAGCCUAUUUAGCUCUGACUAGAUAAUGUUUGUGCGUGUAAUCAUGUAAGUUUAAUUUUUGUUGAUCCUGCUGUAAUAUCACAUGAAAUUUUAAGCAGCUUUAAAUUAGGGCAAUCAUUUGUCAACAAAUUGGUGAAAUGAUAGUUCAGGGGCAACAGUCACUUAGUGCCAGAUGAAGGGACAAAGUCUUUUUUUUUUUGAUGUGUUUUGUUUUUGUUUAAGUCCAAUCAAAACAGCAAAAGCAAGUAGGGAAUGCUUACCAUGACAUUUCGGUAUAUUGUUUAAUUAAUAAUUAAUACUCAAUGUUUUAAAUCAUUGUUAAGACAAAAUGGUUAACAACUUAAAUUCUGAAAUCAGAUACAGGUUUUAUGAGAGAUUGAAAAAAACACCUUAAAGUUGAGAGGUUUUGCCAGGUUGGGUGGGGCCACCCUGAAGACAGGUAUUUCUUCCUUUUUUCCAAACUAGAAAUGACAUAUGCAGCUUCUGUGCAACAUUUUUCCUGAUUUUUUUAAAGAUUUUUUAUAUAUAAAUGGUUCCCAUUUAUUUCAUGCAUUAAGAUAAAUGUACAUUUUUUUUCACACAGAAAAACACUCCACUCAUCAUUUCACCAUCAUUGUUCAUUCUUCCUGAAAAUCCACUGUUUUGUUUGAAAUCUAUGCUUUUGGGCAUGAAUAUUUUGUACAAUGUACAUGUAAGUUAAAUACCCAAUCCAGUGCUAGUCUCAUUAAAUGUUUAUUCCAUUGUUGUGGAACUUAUUUAUUAUGUUAAUAUAAUGGUAUUUAUUUAAAUACCACAAUGGAGUUAUGAGUAUAUUAAAAAUGUUCUG